UCUUAGAUUGUAUACAAAAUGAAUGAAAAUAUAAAAAAAAAUUGUGAAAAACAAAAAAAAAAUAAUUGAUAUUUAUAUAAAAUAAAUCUAAAUAAAAUACUAAUUCUAAAUAUAAAAAUCUUAACUCAAUACAACCCUACCAUUUUAUGCAUUCUGUUGUUCUUCUGCACAUAUGACUUUUUGUAUGUAAACAUAACCAAAAAGCAGAAUCAGCUAAAUUCAUAUUAAGCGCCUUGCGGUGGUGUUCGUAAAUAUAAAUUGAAUUAAAUUUUUUAUACAUUACAAUGGAUCAAUUAUAUAUUGAAAUUGAAAUCAAUACGCGCAAUGAUAAUACAGAGAUAUACAGCAGUGUUGAGUCUUUUAUGGCUUUAUAUAUGUACCGGUACUUGCAAUCACCCUCAAAUAUUAAAUUGAAUUUUGUGAGAACAACCAUCCAGGGGGGUAAACUUCGUUUACGUACGGAAUCGCUCAGACGCGAAUUAACUGAAGAGAAAAUUCACCGCAAAGAAGCAACAAGUGUAGAGGCCAUUCGAGACCUUAGACUACCAAUUUACGCAAAAGAUGAAAAUACCUAUAUUGCUGGCAUGUGUGCUGUUUGCAGGGAGCUUGUUGGACGGCAGGAAUGUCUAGAACGACGUAAGUUAUUGGGUUUCAAAGGUGCUUGUUUACUGGCACCAGCGGAGUCUUCCAUUUGGACACGAUUUUGUGAAGUUGAUAUCGUGGAUACCAUGAAUCGGUUGUUGUGUACCUUACAUGCGGGUGGUACGCUGGAUGAAAUACCGAUGGAAGUACCACGCUUUGAACGACACAUGAACGAACCGGUGCGCAUGCAUAAUAUUUAUAAAACUGCACGUGAACAGGCGCAACAACAGAACCCCAGUGCGGGUUCAAAAAAGAAAAACAAAGUAAUACUCGACUGCAGUGUACCUAAAGAGCAACUACCAAUCGAACAUCGUUUUGCUGAAGGCAUUAGUUUUACAAUUGCGGAUAUUAUUUUAUAUACGUUUAUGCGUUUAAUAUUUAAAUAUUGCAAAGAUAUGCUGGUGCAUUUUCCCCUAAUCAAUACAUGGCUUAGUGAGAUCGACACUUUCGAUCUCAGCUGUGGUCGUAUAUUGAAUGAACUAUAUCUGCAUGAACAAAGUAAUGAAUCAACAACGUUACUUACUAUACCGGAUUGUGAACCUUCUAGUCUUUACAAAAGCGAUCCGAAACGCUAUAAGCCGCGAAAUCGAAUUUUUACCGAACAAAGUGAAGUAGAUGCGGCCUUGAAAAAAUUGGAGAAGUUGCAGUUACAGUUCACAAGUGAAUCCACAAACACGUAUGAGAGAAAACAUAUCGAUUGGGAAGUAAUAGAACCAGAGCAAGAAAAAAAUUCGGCCUUACCACGCGAACGUGUUAUACGAAAACGUCAGCAAUUACAGAACGUAGCCAAUGCUGUCGUCUCGUUAGCAAUAACUGGCAAUAGAAUCAUUGAUUUUUGCAGCGGUACUGGGCAUUUAGGCAUAUUGUUAGCUUUACAAUUACCUGACUGCAUUAUAAUAUUGAUGGAAAAUAAGGCAAUAUCUUUGGAGCGCGCCAAACAACGUGCCACACAGUUGGGUCUGAAGAAUUGUCGCUUUUAUCAGUGCAAUAUUGAUUAUUUCGAGGGUAAUUUCGAUGUUGGUACAUCAUUACAUGCUUGCGGCACAGCGACGGAUAUUGUACUACAGCAGUGUCGUCGUUCACGUGCCGGCUUUGUUUGCUGUCCCUGCUGCUAUGGAUCACUGCAGCCAAUGCCACAUAUAGCAUAUCCGUUGAGUGAGCGCUUCCGACGUACGCUGACAGAAAGAGAUUAUUUGUAUAUAGCACAUACAGCCGAUCAAGCACAUGAAAUGGGUACCUUAAAUUGUCGCCCAGAAACUACACUCCAAGGUCAAUUAUGUAUGGAUAUAAUUGAUACAGAUCGUAAACUGCAAGCUGAGGAAGACGGUUACGAUGUCAUUCUAACACGUUUGAAGCCAGAGCAAUGCACACCUAAAAAUCGUUUGUUGGUCGGACGUAUUACGCAGAAUAGCUGACAUGUAAUAUAUUUAUAUUAAUUUAAUGGUGACUACCGCAAUUUUUGUUACGUUUCCUUUAAGAAGUAAAUGUGUCGGUUUUUAUUAGAAAA